ACCUCCAGAACAGAACCGAAAUGACCGAUUCAAUGCCUCCACAAACCGGCUCCUCAGCCCGUCUGCGCAAAUUCGAUCGCACCGAUAGCGAGCUGGCCGUCGAAGAAGCCGCCCAUCUAACCGCUGACCUACAAGAAUCGGGAGCUGCUGGCAGUCCCGAAGUCGAUGAUGACGAUGACUAUAGCGAAUACAACGAAUUGCCACCACCGCCGGACGGUGGCUAUGGCUGGGUCAUUUGCUUCGCCUCUUUCAUGUGCAACAUGAUUGUCGAUGGCAUUGCCUACACUUUCGGUAUUUUCCUAACAGAAUUUGUGGACUACUUUGGCGAGGGCAAGGCCAAAGUAGCAUGGGUUGGCAGUUUGCUGAGUGGUGUUUAUUUAGCCGCAGGUCCGAUUGUCUCAGCCCUGGCGAACAAAUAUGGCUGUCGUACGGUGUGCAUUGCCGGUUCGGUAAUAGCCUGCAUAGCCUUUGCCCUGAGCACGUUGAGCACAUCGGUGGAUAUGCUCAUGCUGACGUAUGGUGUGAUUGGUGGUUUCGGCUUCGGCAUGAUCUAUUUGCCGGCCGUGGUGGCAGUGGGUUACUACUUUGAGACGAAACGCUCUUUGGCUACGGGUAUUGCGGUGUGCGGUUCUGGUUUCGGUACCUUUGUUUUCGCCCCCCUGGCCUCGUACCUGUUGGCCCAGUAUGGCUGGAAGAACUCGCUGCUAAUAUUUGCCGGCAUGAUCUUGAAUUGUGCCAUUUUCGGUGCCAUGAUGCGUCCUCUCAAGUACCCCAAAAAGAAGAAGGUCAAGCCUCUGAUGCAGCGCAUGUACGAAGAGAAACAACUGCAAUUGGAACGAGGCUCCUUUGCCGGAUCCUUUAUGGUCCAACUGCCCGACGGAACCAUGGAACGUAAAAUGAAAAUGCCGCUCAAUGCGGACCCCGGUGUGCAUUCUUCGCUGAACUUGGAACUGUUGGCUCAACAAGCAGCCUCUGGCAGCUUACAUCCCGUCUCCACCUUGCCCACCAUUACCGAAGCCAAAGUGAUAGACAUGCAAAAUGGCCAAAACGGUGGCCAAAGCCCACCCAGCAACAAGGACAGCAACGGCCAGUUGGAUGUGAAGCCCCGGCGUCCACAUCGCACCUCGGAAUCGAGCACCACCAGCCCCUACCAGUCAUCGGAUUACAUGACACGCAACGCCUCCCAGCCAGCAUUUUUAAUGGAACAUCAAGGUCUUCCCAAAAAUGGUUCGGUGCCGUCCUUUCAAAGGUCUCGCAAGACCUCAGCCUCAGAAAAAUUCCAGCCAUCGUUGGCGGCCAUACGGGCCUCCUCACGUGCCGAUUUGGAUCCGAAUGGCAUGGAAAUGGGCAUGACCGCCUCGAAAAUGUCGCUUUCCCAGCAAAGCGGCGGUGGCAAAAUGGUGCGUCCCAUGUCGCGCAAGGAUAUUUUCUAUUCCGGUUCCGUGACUAAUCUACCCCAGUAUCAAUCCCAAAAAUCCCUAACCAAUUAUCGCCAAUCGGUGUUGUCGCUAACCAAGUAUGAGAAGAGCAUGCAAAGUGUAAAUCGUUUGGAUCCGCUGGCCGAGGCAGAACGUCAACGGGAACAAUACGAUCUGUGUCCCUGCCUGGCUAUACCGGACUCGGUGAAAUCGGUCAUCAACAAUAUGUUGGAUGUAAGUUUGCUCAAGGAUCCCGUUUUCAUGAUGAUUGGCGUGUCGAACAUCUUUGGUAUGGCUGGUUUGUAUGUGCCCUUUGUGUACUUGGUGGACGCCACGAAAGCCGCAGGUAUUGAUGCCGAUUCUGCCUCCUUCCUCAUUUCGAUUAUUGGCAUUACCAACACAUUCGGACGUAUUGUUUGCGGUUAUGUGGCGGAUUUCCCCUCGGUGAAUUCAUUGUUCCUUAACAACGUGUGUCUGCUGGUGUGUACCGUGGCCGUUAUCCUGACACCGCUUUGUGCCUCAUAUGGAUCGUACGUGACCAUGUCGGUAUUCUUUGGCCUAGCCGUAUCGGGCUAUAUCUCACUGACGUCAAUUAUACUGGUCGACUUGUUGGGUUUGGACAAGUUGACCAAUGCCUUUGGUUUGUUAAUUUUGUUUAGAGGUUUUGCGGCCAUUAUUGGAUCCCCCCUGGCCGGUGCUGUAUACGAUGCUACGCAAAGCUAUGAUUUGCCAUUCUAUAUGGCCGGUGGUCUGUUUGCCAUAUCGACAGUGACAAGCUUUUUGGCACCGUGCUUAAAGAGAUGUUCGAAGACAGAAGAUUCGCCGGUGCAUGUGGAGGCCCUGACACCCAUCGAUGAGGAACAGGGUGAAGAUGCCGAAGACGAGGAGGAUCAACCGAUAACAAUAGUGCCGAAGAUAGUGAAAACUUUGGCCAGUCCACAGCCGGUUGGUGAUGAGCCAUCACCGAAAUUUCCAAAUGCUGAAUCGAAAUUAUAA